UCAAAAUAAAAAAAACAUCUGUCUCCGUCAAAUUUUUCAAUCGAAAUUGCAACUUUUUUGUAAUUUACGCAAAAAUGUCGAACAAUUUGGCAGGAUUGGGUCGUAUUUUUCGUUACAUCCGCGAAAAUGGAGGAAUUCGUGCUACUAUAUCCAAAUUAUAUCGGAUGGACGACGUCAGAACAGGUCGUUUAGUUGGAACCGACAAAUACGGAAACAAAUAUUACGAAGAUCCAAGCUACUUUUACAGCAGAAAUCGUUGGGUUGAAUAUGCUCCUCAUUUCCAUUUGGAUUACGAUGGCAGUCAAAUUCCCGCAGAAUGGUUUGGAUGGAUGCAUUACAAGACCGAUUUACCUCCAAAUCGUGAUGGCAACCGCCCUCAUUAUAAAUGGAUGCAAGAUCAUAGUCAAAAUUUGUCAGGCACGAAGGAUGCUUAUUAUCCAUACUCAACAACUAAGGAAAAGAUUGAAGCUUGGGAUCCAAAGAAGGCAAAAUCUGGUUAAAUUUUACGUUUUCUCCUGUAAAAUUAUUGGAAAUUAAAAAAAAGUUGUUUAGAAAUGUAAAAUAUUUGUAGCUAA